AUGGCACUUGAGCGGCGGCGAUUUGCCGAUUGGCGGUCUUGCCGGACAGCGUUUGCCGAUGCGCCCCCACGAGUGGACUUGCCAAGCUCGCCGACCGCACCUUUAACAUGGUGAUUGGUAAAAAAGAUAUUUAAAAUAACAAAGUACGACUUUUGAAAUAAGUUAAUGUCGGACAACAACUUAGGAAAUUGAAAAGUAACAACGGAAGAUUUCGCAUUUAAAAGUAUAUGUACAAAAAUUUCAUGUCAAUCAGAGAAAGACUCGCUUAGAAUUAGGGGAUCUUUUUUUCAAACUUGAGAAACAAUGAAAAAGAUCGUUCUGAAAAAUAGAGGAAGAAACUUACUUUUUCAGUUAAGAAUUCUUCAUGGAAAAAACUUCAAAAAAAUCAUAAUAAAAUGGGCUAACAAAAAAAUGUUCCUGAAGUUUUAAUUUUAUAAUUGAAAAAAAGAUUUCAAGAAAAAAAAAAAAACAUUUUUUUAUGAAAAAAACUUGUACGUUUUAACAUACUUUUUUUCUUAAAGUUCCCUAACAUCAUGAUGAAAAAAAUAAACAGUAUUUCUCUAUUCGAAGUUUAUCACGAAACGGUUAGCCUCAAAGGGAAGGAAAUCUCACGCAAAGGCGAGCUCCGCCUUUUUACCGAACAGCGUGUAUGGUGGAGGCGUGACUGAAGAGGCAGAGUCGACGAACCCAUUCCGGUUCCUGGACCGAGGGCUUCGCGUCCUUACAAGCCGACUGCGAAAUGAGCUGCCAUUGAGCUAAUGAAAUCCACAAUAUACAUAUGAGUGGCCACUCGGCUCGAGGGCCUUCGAGCCACUCUAAUAAGGUAAUAACAAUGUUGCCUAAUUCGAUCAACUUUGAGGCCAGGGACCACUCGAACGCGUGUUAAAUUCUGUUUGCGUUAGGAAACUUAAUUUUAAACACGUUUGGAGAGGAGAAUGAAGGAUUUCUACAGAGUUGCGCAGAUAAAUGCUCCUAAUUUCAUGCACUGAAAUCGUCGCAGUUCAAAAUGGAUAAUCCACUCAAAUGGUCCAGAGAAUCACGUUUUUUUUUUUAACUUUUUCUGUUUUACUCACAUUUCACCGGUCAAAGUACCUCACCUUCAGAAAAAAGUCUGGAAAAGUGGAGAUGAGAAAAUAAAAACUAUUGAGUUAUUUUUGUUGCCAAUUGAACGGGCUAGAAACUGUUUCAGAUAAUGACGCCAACUCAGGGUAACCGCUUUUCGAUCACGAAAAGAUCAAAUUUUAUAGUAUUGAGCAAAUUAAUGGUACUCAAGGUAUCCACAAAAAUUUAAAAAAACGAUUACUUUUGAAAAAUAGUUGCAACUCAAAAAAGAGGUUUUUCUCAACGUCUUGCAUCCAUUACUACACAGAAGACUAUUUCAAUGAAAACUGGUCAAACGAAAAAAAAAGUUAAGAAAUUUCUUUAGUUACGACAUAAGUGAGAAAAUUCUUUUCUAGAAAGAGGCGCAAAAAAUCCGAGGAGAAUCGGAGCCCAAAAAAGGCAAAAGUGUGUGUCGAGCUAUCGAAAAAGGCUUGCCCAGACCGAUUCGAAGCUGCGAGAACACAACAAGCGUAGCUUAUCUCUCGCCCAAGUGGUCCUCAUGUCCAUCCGCCUGUACGCACGGAUAGCGUCUUUCAGACGAUUACACAUCAAAAAAGCCGAGAAUUUCAACCGAACUCUAAGAAAAAAAGAAAUUCAACUUUUUUGUACUCUUCAAAAGUGGUCCGUUUGAGAGUUGCGUUGAGUGGGAACAAAUAAAUAAUUCACAGCAGGCUAUACUUGUUUUGAACCUCGGGAAACAUAAAAAAAGCUUGAAAAAAAGCGUAUUGAAAAAAAGCUUAAAAGAAAAAAAGACAUUAAAAAAAUUAUUUAUACUUUGCAAGUUUAGCUUAUGUGCUGAAGCUUUAAACUCCGAGUGAGAUUUAUUUUAAUGUUCUCAAAAAAAAAAAUGAAUUAUGAAAACUGAUUUGGGGGUGAUUUCAAGAUUUCACUUGAACCAUUCAAAAACUUUGAAAUAUAAUGGAAAAAAAGCUGUUAUAAAACGGAGUUAAGAUUCUCAAAUUUGAGACUGUAGAACAAGCUCGUUGAAGUUAAUAACUUUUAUAAAGAAGUAUUGUGACUGGGAACUAUUCGUUCUUUAGAAAUACAGCUUGAAAGUUUGAAGUUUUAGAUAAAGUGUGUCAAAAAGCCUUUUCUCACAAAAUAAUUUCAACUAGACUUCUUCUUAUAGAAUAAUUUCUUUAAAGACCAUAUUGUCCUUCAAACUUGAAGCAGUCGGAAUUUUCGAGAAAGAUUUUUCGAGGACCAAAAUUGAAGUUUAGAAGCAAAAAAAGUUUUUGAUCCGAGGACGAAAACAAUAGCUGAGAAGGAAAGUUAAGGAAACGAUCGGAAAGGCCGACGGCUGUCUUGUAUGUCAGCCGGGACUUCGCGCGUACUGUGCUGCUGCUGCACCGUUUUUGUGGUCCGAGUUCUGACAAACAGAGGAGCGCCGAUUGUGAGGUGGACGGUAAGGGGACACCUUGGCAGACCGCUCCUCCGCCACUGUUGACUUGCUGCCAAUUACGAGGACCCUUCGUUCUUGACCUCAAACUUCAAAUGAUCUGGGCCGUUAUGAUGUGGGAAACUGAUUUCUGCAGAUCUGCCUUCGAGAAUCUCAUUUUCGAAGUUCAACAAGGAUCCGAAAACUUUCCUACCCACAUGAAAGCUGGAGUGUGUCUGACAAGGGCGAUCAUUUCGCCUUACACUUAA